CUUGUGCACACCUUCUUCUACGCUUUGUGCUCGCUACCACCUCUGUGUCAAGUGUGAGAGCUGAGAGGCAGCAAUGGGAGGUCUUCACGAUAGAGUCGCAUGGGCAUGGCCGGUGCUGCUGCUGUUGCUGUUGCAGCUCGCCGGGGCGUCACAUGUCGUCUACGAGAACCAACUCCUAGAGACCGAGGCUGCCGCAGCCACCGUUCCGCCUUCCAUUGUUGAUGCCGAGCUGAGCUCUGGGUACCACUUCCGGCCCCCAAAGAAUUGGAUCAACGAUCCAAACGCGCCGAUGUAUUACAAGGGGUGGUACCAUCUCUUCUACCAGUAUAACCCCAAAGGGGCCGUGUGGGGAAGCAUCGUGUGGGCGCACUCGGUGUCUCGUGACCUCAUCAACUGGGUGGCACUGAAGACGGCCAUCGAGCCCAGCAUCAAGUCCGACAUGUACGGCUGCUGGUCGGGCUCGGCGACGAUCCUUCCUGAUGGCACGCCGGUGAUCAUGUACACCGGCAUCGAUCGCCCGGAUAGCAACUACGAGGUCCAGAACAUAGCCUACCCCAGGAACAAGUCAGACCCGCUGCUCCAGGAUUGGGUCAAGCCGGGUCACAACCCGAUCAUCGUGCCCGAGGGCGGCAUCAACGCGACGCAGUUCCGUGACCCGACCACGGCAUGGUACGCCGACGGGCACUGGCGCAUGCUCGUAGGCAGCCUUUCGGGCGCGUCCCGUGGCGUGGCAUACGUGUACCGGAGCCGCGACUUCAAGCGGUGGACAAGGGCGAGGAAGCCGCUGCACUCGGCGCCCACAGGAAUGUGGGAGUGCCCGGACUUCUACCCGGUCACGGUUGGCGGCCAGCAGCACGGCCUUGACACAUCGGUCAUGUCCAGCCCAAAGAUCAAGCAUGUGCUCAAGAACAGCCUCGACCUACGCCGGUACGAUUACUACACCGUCGGCACCUACGACCGGAUCACCGAGCGAUACGUGCCGGAUGAUCCUUCGGGUGACAAGCGUCAUCUAAGGUAUGACUACGGCAACUUUUACGCGUCCAAGACAUUCUAUGACCCCGUGAAGCGUCGUCGGAUCCUGUGGGGCUGGGCUAACGAGUCCGACACCGCAGUCGACGACGUUGCCAAGGGAUGGGCCGGAAUCCAGGCGAUUCCGAGGAAGGUUUGGCUGGACUCCAGUGGGAAGCAGCUGAUGCAGUGGCCGGUGGAGGAGCUGGAGGCGCUCAGGGGUAAAAGGCCGGUCAUUCUCAAGGACAUGUUGAUCAAGCAGGGAGAACAUGUCGAGGUCACCGGGCUGCAAACCGCACAGGCUGACGUCGAGGUGAGCUUUGAGCUGCCGAGCCUUGACCUGGAGAGUGCGGAGGCGCUGGACCCAGCGUUGGCCGACGACGCCGAGAAGCUGUGCAGCGUGCGGGGCGCAGGCGUGGAGGGCGGCGUGGGGCCCUUCGGUCUGUGGGUGCUCGCCUCGUCCAAGCUGGAGGAGAGAACCGCGGUCUUCUUCAGGGUGUUUAAGGCCGCCGGGCGCGGCAAGCCCGUGGUUCUCAUGUGCUCCGACCCCACCAAGUCAUCUCUGAACCCGAACCUGUACCAGCCAACCUUCGCAGGAUUUGUUGAUACUGACAUCGCAAAGGGCAAGAUAUCGUUGAGGACGCUGAUUGAUCGGUCGGUCAUCGAGAGCUUUGGCGCGGGAGGCAGGACAUGCAUUCUCUCUCGAGUCUACCCAUCGCUCGCCAUAGGCAAGAACGCGCACCUUCACGUGUUCAACAACGGCAAGACGGAUAUCAAGGUGUCAGGGCUAACGGCAUGGGAGAUGAAGAAACCACUUAUGAACGGCGCCUAAUUCAAGAUUACAUGCAGAUUCAGGAGCUGCUCCCAUGCAUGAUGUGUGUGGAUUUAUUUGGGCGUUUUCCAUUUACCGAAUGCCUCACGCGAGUUUGAUCUGACGAUCAAUAUUGAUUUCUGGUUUGUCAGUUUCAAGAAAAAAAAGAAGAUUUCUGGCUUGUUCUAUAGCGAUAGGUUGCACGAUGUACGAGUGUACAACGAACGGGCCAUUUUGUAUGUCCUAGGAACAAUAAAUUAAUGCACGUUUGGGAGUGCAUUGGCAUAUUGCAUCUCAAUAAUACGGUUGCUGAUUAAUGA